CGUUCUACACUCUCUGUGUUACUCCGCGCCUACUUUCCCCAACCCAGCCAUGGGCCGUGGGCCCCCACCACCCCCCUCCGCCGCCUUCACCACCACCACCCUUCUCGGCAAGUACCAACUGGGCCGGCUGCUGGGCCGGGGCAGCUUCGCCAAGGUCUGCAAGGCCCAGUCCUUAGCCGACGAAACCCCCGUCGCCAUUAAAAUCAUCGACAAGCUCAAAGCCGACGCAAAUAUGGAGCCUCUGAUACUCCGGGAGAUCUCCGCCAUGCGCCGCCUCCAGGACCACCCUAACAUCCUCAAAAUCCACGAGGUCAUGGCCACAAAAUCCAAGAUCUACAUCGUCGUCGAGCUCGCCACCGGCGGCGAGCUCUUCGCCAAGAUCUCACGCCACGGCAAGUUGCCGGAAUCCCUCGCCCGCCGCUACUUCCAGCAGCUCGUCUCCGCCCUCCGCUUCUGCCACGAAAACGGCGUCUCUCACCGCGACGUGAAGCCACAGAACCUCCUCCUCGACGGCAACGGAAACCUCAAGGUCUCCGAUUUCGGACUCUCCGCCCUGCCGGAGCAGCUCAAAAACGGCCUCCUCCACACGGCCUGCGGGACGCCGGCGUACACGGCUCCGGAGGUUCUGUACCGGGUCGGGUACGACGGAUCCAAGGCCGACGCGUGGUCCUGCGGCGUAAUCCUCUUCGUUCUCCUCGCCGGACACUUGCCGUUCGACGACAGCAAUCUGGUGGCGAUGCAUAAGAAGAUUCAGCGCCGGGAUUACAUUAUCCCGGCGACGAUUUCGAAGCCGGCGCGGCGGAUCAUAUACCAGCUGCUCGACCCGAACCCGAACACGAGGCUGAGCAUAGAGGCCGUCAUGGAAAAGGCGUGGUUCCAAAAGGCGAUAGAUUUGAAGUUACUUUCCGAUAGCUGCGAUAUAAUCGAGGCGGAGAAACCAAAAUGCGACGUCGUUUCGGGGAUGAAUGCGUUCGAUAUAAUCUCCAUGUCGUCGGGGCUGGAUUUGUCGGGGCUUUUUGAGGCGGAGGACAGGAGCGAGAGGCGGUUCACGGCGAAUGUGGCGGCGGAGAAGGUGGCGGAGAAGGUGGGGGAGGUUGGGGAGAGGCUGGGGUACAAAGCGGAGAGAGGGAAGGGUGGGAUGAGCGUUGGGUUGGGGAAAGGGGGGACAGGGAAAGGACGACGUGUCGUUUUGACGGUGGAAAUGAUGGAGGUGGCGGAGGGUUUGGUUUUAGGGGAAGUGAAGAUGGUGGAGGGUGGAGUUGAGUUUCCGGAGCUGCUUUGGGAGGACUUGAAAACUGGGUUAGGGGACGUUGUGGUGUCAUGGCAAAACGGUGGCGUUUAAGUGAUCUGUUGUUUGUGUACAUAUGGUCUGGACCUGAUUGUCAUGAGAUGAAAACUAUGAACAUGAACAUGGACAUGGAGUCUUGUUGUACACGAAGAAGAAGAAAGACUUAAUAACUCUUGGAUUUGUGGAAGCUUAAUGAGUGGUGUAUUAGAUUAGUUUGGUUUAGGAUUUUGGUUCCUUGAUCUUGUACAUCGGAUUGGUUCAGAUGUUGCUUGGUGGUAUUAGUAGUUGAUAAAUCAAAAUUUAGUUUCAUUCUUCA